CGGUUCACCAAAUAUUUGCCUCGCGAGACAGGGCUGCCACACAUUCAAUGGCCUGUUGGUUUGCGGCAUUGUUACCUUGCGCUCCCUCUGUCGCUACGGGCGCACGAAACGGCCCGCCCCCAGACGCCGCAAUUCUAAUUCCUUUGCCUGGUUUUUCGGGACGCGUGCACACCCCCGUGGUUGACGGUGGUUGGCCGGCAUUUGGAGAGGGCAACCGUGCCCAGCCCGAUAUUAUCAUCGACGCCCCGCAUCGUGAUGGAGGACUCGAUGUCGAAGAAGACCGUUCUUGCGUACGUUGUGUUGUUGCAAAGCGGGCUGAAGUCAAGAGUGGGGUCAAGGGAAGGCGUUGGGUUCAACCCCACCCAAGGCUGCUCCUUCCUACGGUUCCUCAGCGUUUCUGCCUCGAUGGCAGCUGCCGCCGCGCGAAGAUCCCUGCAGCGAUAUCACACCAGUGAAGGCUAUGGUGUUUUUGAGCGGGACAGCACAUCCUAUCCAACAAGCGUGGCUGAGCGCCACGACCCCGUCUAGAGCAUGGAGUGCGAGUCCGCCAGGAUUGAGCCCGGGGUGUCCAUCCGACCGCACGGCUGGACACCUCCACGGACUGCGCCCACUGGUCGAACUUGACCCCGGCCCUGGCAGCUGCACAGUGAUGCUGUCUCCUGCAAGCACCCAUCACCUGGCAACUUCGGUGCUGGCUCUCUGCUCGCCCUGGUAUACAAAGCGCCCUGCAGCUUGGCUCUG